AUGGAGGAGAUUCCUUCCGAAUCUUUGAUGCGCUCCCUCUGUACGGCGCAAGAGCUGGUGUCGAAAUUGCUCAAUGCCGGGAGUCGUGAAAGCCUUGAUAUAUUGCACUCCCUCGAGGAUAUUCUUGUCCCUACAUUGUCGACAGUCCGGUGUUCGAUCAACUCCUUUUGUCCCAUAAACCAUUGUCCCGAUGACAUCCUCGGCCUCAUCUUCCAGUAUUCUGUCGCUCUGAUCGACGACACCGCUGACGAGUUCCAGUGGCCAUUCUCCUCAUUCCGACCUUCGAGUAAACUGAUUGACCUGACGCAUAUUUGCCGACGGUGGCGUAUUCUGGCGUUGAACCUACCCCUUCUUUGGACACAUAUCGGCGAUCGCUCCAGCGAUCCCUUACUUCGUGCAGUUUCCACAUUUUUGCAACGCUCCAGAAUGGCACCUCUGAAAUUCCAUAUCCGAGGCAAGCGUCAUAUUAACAUCAGGUCGGAUUCGUUCAAAUUGAAUCUAUCACGCAUGGAGGAGCUUCAUGUGGAUUAUAUCUCGGACCUCUUUGGCUUGUAA